CGUCACAGGCUCACGCGCGCGGGGGGAGGAGCGCGUCUGAGCAGCCAAUCAGCGCCCUUCCCCUCCUCCGUCGCUGUCGGCCGCUGCUUCCCUCGGCCUGUUGUCAGGAGAAGCGGGAGGAACGGCGAUGGCUGCGGCGGCGGCGGCGCUGGGCCGCUGGGAGGUGGUGCGGAAGCCUGGACGGAGGGGGGCCGCGGGCGGAGGCGGCCCCUCGGGGCGGAAGGCGCUGGGCGAGGCCAACGGGGGCCGCGGACUGGCCCUGACCACUCCUCUGGUCCCUUCCGAAACUCUCUUCGAGCUCGGCUUCGAGAAACCCUCGAAGAAGCGGAGCAAAGAGCAGGUGCCUCCGCCUCCGGGACACCAGCAGCAGAAGAAAGCAAAUCCCGGGAAAAAUGUGAAGAGGCCUCUGGCAGGAGACAUGGGGCACAAGCAAGGCAGAUUCCGGACCCUGGAGGAUGCUCUGAAGGCUCUUGAUUUGUCAGAACUCCAGAAGGAGCUGGAUAAAAGCAUGAGCAUGUUCCCAGAGAAUCCUUCUGUGUGGGUCAAAGAUCUGGCUGGAUAUCUGAAUUACAAGUUGCAAGCUCCAAAGAGUGACCCCACCCUAAGCCAGCACCCUCAUGGCUAUCCUUACUGCCUUGUGAACAAAGAGCUGAAGAGCACCAUCAAGUCCUUGCUGUCGAAAUCAAUGGGCGUCCUGGAGCUUUUCUUCGACCACUGUAUUUACACAAUGUUGCAAGAGCUGGACAAGAGUCCUGGGGAGUCACUGCAUGGCUACAGGAUUUGCAUACAGGCCGUUCUGUUGGACAAGCCUAAAGUUGCCACAAUGAACUUGAGCAAGUAUCUUGAGCUGUUGAGGUCGCAUCAGAACCAUCCGGCCAGGUGUCUCACAGUCAUGUGGGCCUUGGGGCAAGCUGGAUUUGCUGAUCUUAUCGAAGGACUUAAAGUGUGGCUCAGCAUUAUGCUUCCAGUUCUGGGCAUCAAAUCUCUCUCCCCAUACGCCAUCGCCUACCUGGAUCGGCUGCUGCUGAUGCAUCCCAACUUGACAAAAGGCUUUGGCAUGAUAGGACCCAAAGACUUCUUCCCUCUCAUGGAUUUUGCCUUCAUGCCCAACAACUCUUUAUCCCCCAGCCUGCAGGAGCAGCUCCGGCAGUUGUAUCCCCGCCUGAAAGUUCUGGCCUUUGGGGCCAAGCCUGAGACCACCCUGCACACCUACUUCCCUUCCUUCCUCUCCAGAGCCCUGCCCAGCUGCCCUGUUGACAUGAGGAAAGAGCUGCUGAACUGCCUGGCAGAGUGCCUCAGCCGAGACCCUCUCAGCUUCAAUGUAUGGAGGCAGCUGUACAUCAAACACCUCCCACAGUCGAGCCUGCUACUGAAUCACUUUUUGGAGACGUGGGACAGCACUUCCAAAAAGGUGCGGAAGUCUUUACAGGAAACGGUUCAUUCAUUCAGAGUCACAAAUGAAGACCUGGCCGUGAAAGGAGCAAACAGCAAUCAGGAUGUUGCAGGUUGUAGAGCUGCCUGCAAGAGCCUUCUGCUCAAGAUGAAAGCCAGCAGGUUUCCUUGGCCUCGACUGAUACUCAUCACCUUGGUAUUUACUGCAGGCUUCCUAAUGCAUGACAUCAGGACUCACGGCUCCUUCCAAGCUUCUGCCUCUGCUCGAGUCCUCCGCUCUUCUGGUAUCCUGCCUGCAUCCCAGCAAGCCUGGAACAGAGUUUCCCAUUUCUCUGCAGAAGGGUACAGCUGGCUAGAAGCAAACAUGCCUGCCUACUAUUCCCAUGUGGCAACCGUGCUGGGACCAAACUUGGAGCUGGUCUGGGCAAAGACCAACGAGACUGCUGCCUACAUCUCUGGGAAGUGCUCCGCUCAGCUAGCCUGGCUCAGACACAGCCUCCCUAGGCUCAUGGAAUGGCUCCAGACCCGGAUUCCGGACUCUCUCCUGCAGGGGGCGGAGUACCUCAAGGAGCUCCUGCUCUUCCUCCUGUGGAGGUACUUUCUGCCUGUGGUGGACUAUGUUGCUGCAUCGCUGGAAGGGGGCUGGAAACUCUGGCUGGCUUCCUGCAACGGCGAAGGGUCCUGGGACUGCUUGUGGAAACACUUGGCUAGCCUCACCCAUUCCUCUUGGACAUACCUGCAAGACACAACUGUGGCCAUCAAGGACUGGGCCGUGGCCAUCAUCUCUGGGCCCUAGCCGUGCUCCUGGGCUCAGGAGCUGGGCUUGAAGUUUGAGUCACUGCUCUCUGGGUGCUGGCGACAGCAGGGUGUGCCAGAUACUUCUGUGCGCUGGCCACAAAGUGAGUGACUGUCCACCUUUGACAUACUGCUGAAGCCCACGCCUGCCCAGCAGGCCAGAAGCUGCCAUGCUCCUCCCCCCCCAUGCUGCCAGGCCCGUUCCCAGGUCCAGUCUUGCUAAAAAGUCAGCUGUCCCUUUCACAGAGUUGCAUCAGGCCAGAGAGAGCAAUGCACAGCCAAGUAGGCAGACAAGCACCUUCUCUCUUGCUUGCUUUCUGUGCUGUUACCCAAAUAAAGUGGUUGCUGGGGCUGCGACCCCCUUCCCUAUGGUUUUGUGCAAGGAGCACCUGUUCCCACCCUCACCUUUUCUCCUGGACUGUUGUAGGCUGCCUCAAGCAACUCGAGCCAGUCUUAAGGACUGGUGCCUCUGGAAUGCUGCCCUGGCAGUCUCCCGGGAAGAGAUUUUGUGGGCAUUCCCCAAGCCAUUAAGCUGCCCCUUCUCUCAAGUGGUGGUUAAUGGCAUUGGCUCCUGCACACCAGAAGUGAGGGCCUUAGCCUUCCCCCAGAAGAGGGAGGAGAGCUGAAGUCUUGUUGUGUAGCAGAAGUGGGACAUAAAGGGCUGUUUAGCGUAGGAAGAAAGUUGAACUGUAUAGGCAAGAGGACUGGCCAGUUGAAUUUAGUAGAUUCCUCCCCUCAAGCUUACUUCUGUAAAACGGGCCCAGUUGUGACUGUGGAGGGGUGGGUAACCGCUGGUCUUUGGGCCUCCACAGGCUGGCUUGCAAGUGCCACAAGAGGCCCCUCUGCUGCCUGCUGGCUUGGACUGUCACAGUGGGAUGCUGAUGUUUGGACAGUGUCAUCUCUAACCUCACCUCCUCCCCCUUUUUUUACUAACCUGGUCUCUUCCCAUGGCUUGUGUGUAAUCUCCAGGCUUUGAAGUCUGGGCUGCGGCUGUGGCCCCAAUGUGCCCCCAAAUAGCCUGAGGCGUCGUCAUCUCUCUCUCAGCCAAGCUAUGUGGACAGCCAGACUUGUGUGGGAAUGUAGAGGAAUGUUCUCUGACCUGCCCCCCCCCCCCGUGCAUUUCUCCCCUUGGCUCAGGCAGACUUCCAAAGGUGAUGGGGACUCAGUCAUGACAAUUGUGUGGGGCUCUCGUCAUGUACAAUAAAGAAAAAUAUAUUUGGUUA